AUGAGCCAAAGUUACAAGCCAAAAACUCCAGGUACAAAUUGCUGGAAGAGCCUGAUGGCAGACUGUUGUUGAUCAUUGACAGAGGCAUAGAUGAGCAGGACUAGAGUUAUCCAUCCUUUACAGUUUGCAGGCAGAGGUUGAGAGUGAAAUUUUUCAGCAAAAGCUGCCAGCUUUCAGUGCUUGGGUGCAAAGGUCGUUUUUGAGGUGGAGGUACUGGUGGAGGCGGCUGCAGUUGGCUGGCAGAAGCUUGAGUUUGGGGCAUUUGUUGUAGCUCACGGUUGAUGUUUUCUUGCUGUGUCUAUCGGGGGUCGCAGUGGUAGCUGUAAAGUUAGAGGUGAUGCCCUGAGCUGCAGCCUUUGGAGUUCAUGUUUACCUCAGAGAUUGCAGGUAGAGGAAGUGGCUGCAGGUCCUUGGCAAAGGUUUAAGUUGGAGAUGAUGGCUGUUGGUGUAUGACAAAGGCUGCAGUUGGAGGUAUGGGGUACAGCUUGUAGCUAAUAACUGCAGUUGGAGGCCACCAGCAGAAUUUAAAAGAGAGCUGACUCCAGUUCAUUAAGUGUAAGCCUGUGUUAACAACAUGCGGUCGCCUCCAGCUGCAGCUUUGGCUCACAGUUUUAUCUCUGCCUCCAAAUGCACCAGGGGCUGGGAGCUGUAACCCAUGACAGAUACAGUCCAAGCUUCCAACGUCAAUCUCGGCUCAACAUUGAUGGCUAAUGUCUCCACCUGCAGCUACUGCCAACAACAUUAAGCAGCCAAUGCUUAUAACCACAAACUGAGCCACUAAUUCCAUCUUCCACCUCCGACAGAAACUAUUUGUACUUUUUCAAUUUGAGAGAUGUCAACUUCAAAUACCUUCACUUCACAGGCCACUACCAGCAAGUGCAAACUCUGUCUGCACCCCCCUACAGAAAACCAACCUGCUGACUCUGAGUCAGAAAUCAUUAACCUCCAAUUUUUUGUCAGAGAGGACAGCUACCUUGAAUAGCACUAACUUCUGAAUUGCCAUCAGCAACCUGCAUUCACUUUUACAUGCAGCCCUUCUGACAAAACAGUCUCAACAAAUCACCUGACUCCACCUGCUACCACUGGCGACAACUUGCCAACAAUAAACCACAACAAAAGCCUUUUCAAACACUCUCUCCCUGCAGUUUACCACUGAUGACUCUGCCAGCAACCUGAAAUUCGGCCCUGAAUUCUUGACAAGCUGUGUCAAUAAAAGAAGAAAUCUUUUAAAUUUACACAAAUCCAGUUGCACUCAUCACAAUAAUAAACAUGUUUGCACCUAUACUGGUCAUAAAAAUGGACAACUUGGACUUUUUGAAAGGUCUGAUAUUCCCAAACUGGUCUUUCAUUAUGCAAAACUAAAUAGGCAAUCAUGUCCAAUUCACACCACUAUAUAUAUACUGUAUAUAGUGUGUAUAUAUAUAUGCUGUUCUGGUUCAUGCUGUGAAUCUAUCUGAAGGUCAUACAGAAACAUUACAUGAAAUUCAGUCUGUUUUAUAACAGUACUGAUACUGAUACUCUUGAUCCAGUUUCUUCUUCUUAUAAAACUCCUUUUCAAAUAUGUUUUUUUUUUUUUCAAUUCACAGGCCUGUGUGUUAUUUCUUACAGGUCUCAUUUGAGCUUGAAUUUCUGGGUGAUCACCCAGAGAGUUUUGCAGAAAAGGUCAGUGCAGCUCUGUGUCAUAAACUGCAGUGACACACCAGUGACUCAGAGGGUCCCAUUAUCAAGCUGUCUUAUCUGACAUCAUCCAGCAGAGGGCCUCAGCGAUAAGAGGAGAGACAAGCUGCUGCUGCUGACAGAUCGCAUGCUCACAUAUGACUCAGUACCACCCAGAGUCCACGACUUCUUCACGAACCACCCUGACGCAUUUGUUAUCAUGAACAGCUGUACUCGCGAGACCAAGCACAUAUAAUUCGUGGAUGUUUCAUCUUAUUGAAGCGUAUUUCUAAGCAAUCUUUUGAUUCCCAAUGCUCCAGUAUUAAGAGUCAUUGUUUUGUCUUAUUUUACGAAAAAUGAUGAAAAAUACGCACACGGGUAACAUGGCACACACACAUAUGGGUAACAUGGCACGAGCGACUCUGCUUCCCUGAUUUCAGCACCAUGGAGAGCAAAUUGGCAAGCACUCUGACAGGAAGUCAACACUGCACAGCCAGACAUCCAGGGUGUAUCGAACAUACAGUUCUUGGCCUGCAUGUCAUGUUUUUUUGUGUGUUUCAAAGAAUAAUUGCCUCAUGUGAAAAUAUUUGUCAAACCUAGAAGAUUGUUGUGAGGUAUCCGUGGUAGAAAUGAUCAUUCCAAACCUGGAUGUUUUAGGAUAUCAUAUUUUCUCGAUCUGGAUAGAGCCCUCUCGGACCAAAAUAUAGACCUACACGGAUAUAAUCCUUCACAUGUUGUAUUUUGUCUUUAUGGUACGUUGAAUAAAUCCCCCCUGUUUUACGCAAGUGUGGUUAAACAUGUCAGAACAUGUAACCCAUCCAGCCUAUGGUUCAUAUAUGGUGGAGGGGAUUCAGUGGUUAAGUAAUACCUCUUGCGUUAUGUAACUCACUUGGGAUGGUCGUCAUAUUGCGCGUGCACAGUCGGUGGUCUCUCGCUUCUUGUCCAAUCGUGCGUGUUCUCAGUCAGCACUCAGCUCCCCUCCACCCGACAGCACCCAGCAGCAGCAGCAGAACGCAGGCUGCCACCGCCGGAGACACAGCAAAGGAACGACCCUUUGUGCUUCACCGACUGACGCGCAUCAUUCUGACAGGGACCACAAUCACAUAACAAGGUGAGUCUUGAAUUUCAUUCCUAUCUUAAACAGCCUCCUUAGCCCCUUAACUCGGGACUAAAUGAAAAAGGGAGAUCAGGUGAGAUCAGGUAGGAUGGGAGCAGAUGAGGUCAGGGGGAGCUGUUUACAAGUUUAAGAGCCAGUCUUUGCUUAAAUCAUACACACGACCACGCGUGUUAUAAUUUUUCAGAUUAUUUUUGCAUGGGUUUGGAGAAAAUAUGUCUGAACUUUGCUGUUUCAAUCAGCACGGGUUAAACACUGUGGCGCGUGGCUUUCUAGAGGCGGUGGCAUCCCUCUGCCUGAGAAAAACAUCCUCAGCAGCAGCAGCAGCAGCAGUUGUGGGGGCGCCACAUGAAACAAAACAAACCCCUACAUCUGGACAAAAUAUGGAAACAGUCAUUAAAAAAAAGCCCCUUUAAUAUGAUAUGAAACAGGAAGGUACCAGGACAGGAAACAUACCAUAAGACAUUUUAAUUGGUAGAUUUAAAAUGUUCAAACAGUCUUUCCAGUGAAAUCUGGAAAACAAAGGGAGGCAUGUAAACAUGUGGGCACAUGGGUGACACUUUAAAGGGUUAACUGAUUAGAGAGGUGGUCCUAUCUUUGUCUGAUAGUCUUCACAUUUUCCAGAUGUUAUCAAUGGAUUUGUUUCAUUCUUAUUGGCACUUCAAAAGUGCUAUGUGCAGUACAGAGAGUGCAGUUUUGUGUUUUUUUUUUUUUUUUAAUGAGGUAAAAGCUGAAUAAACAUCCACUGACUGAACUCUCAGGUGAAUAUUAUGUGGAAGUUUGUAUUACUUUCAGUUUCAGUUUUAUUUUCUCAGGCAGGAUUACUGGAAGUGAUCACCCAGUGUGAUAUCAUGCAGUGAGGAUGAUGAUGCAGUCUAUUCAAGGUCUGAUGAAAUUAGAACAAGUGUUUCAAAGGACGUCCUGCCAGAAAUAAGUCUGAAGGAGGCAGAUUUUUCUAAUCCAAAACUGUGCUACAAAAUGACUGAAAAAUAGAGUUCAGAUGUUGUUGCGCAUCCAUCUUUUAUAAUUUAAGCUUGCUCACAGACAAUGGAUGUGGCAAUUGUUGAAAUGUGUUGCUGAGUUCACAAGCUUGUUGUUGUUUAUCUUUGUAGUUUUUUUCUUCUCAAUAUUAAGACAAGGGACACAGCUGCAUGUUUUUAAUGAAGGCACAUUUUUAUAGACUAGUCUGUGAAGUGCACCACACUGUGUUCAGUCAUAUCAUAUCAUGUUCUAUCUAGUUGCAAUGUAUCACACCAUAUUAUGCCACAUUGUACCCUAUCUUAUCAUAUAGUAUCCAAGUGUAUAAAACUGUAUUGUAUUGGAGUAUUGCAUUGAAUUGUAUCACAUUAUAUUGACUUGUAUCAUAGUCCUUAAAACAUAUCCUAUAUUAGCAUAUCAAAUCGUAUCAUAUCAUAUUACAUUGCAUCAAUUGUAUUUUAUCACAUUGUGUUGCAUUGUAUCAAAUUUUUUUCCGAUGUAAUAUUGUAUCAUAACUUAAUUUACUGCAACAAAUUCAACUGUAUUAUUGCAUUGUAUCAUAUUAUAUUAUAUUCAAGUUAUCACUUUAUAUUUUAACAUUUCUAAUAGCACCAUAUCACAGUGGAGUAUUGCACGGUAUUAUGUCAUAUUGUUUUGCAUUGCAUGUAGCAGUGCAUUGAAUCACAUUAUAUCAUAAUUGUGUCACAUUGUAUCAUAUCACAUCCUGUUGUAGUAUUGCACAACUUAUUAUAUUGUAUCAUAUUGUGAUGUGUCAUAAACUUGCCUACAUGCAAUUUUAUUUAUUGUUUUGCAUUGUGUCAUAGUGUAUCAUUCUGGAUAGCAUAGUACUAUAUAACACCUUUAAAAUCCUGCUAUAUACUGUCUUUAAGAGUCUAUCGCUUGUUCAUGCAUGCGACUCAUGUCACCAUCCCUGAGGCAUCCUAACUUGAUCCUUAAUGAACAAUCACAUCAGCUAAAUGAGUAAACAUAGUUUGUUGUUCCUUUGAAAUGAUAAUAAACAGCCUCACAUUAGUCCAUAAGCAUGAGCAUUAGAAAGUGCAUAAGAUGGAUUAAGGGACUUUAUUUUUCACGCCCACUCCAUGCUGUAGACCAUCUGGAUGAAAAAAGAAAAGCUUCAGUGGGGGGCUUAAAGCCUUGUUUACCAGUGAUGUACACAUCAUCUGCACUGACAGUCUCCAUCCAGCCUUUUUUUCUAGAACAUCUGUUAAUAUCAAAUCAGGGUCCUCCUCAGUGUAUGGAUGUGCUUUUGGGAUGUGUCACUUACACAGCAGGUUUGGCUGCUGGCAUGCUUUGGAGAGCUUAAAAUCGUGUGUUUGCAUCUUGGGUAAUGCUUAGCCUGUCCCUCAGUAGGUAGCCAAUCAACACUGUCUGGAGUCAAGUGGAGGAUCAGGGGUGGAGCAGGGGAGUGGAUGCAUAAUCCUGCUUUACAGGGGCUAUUUCAGGACCAGGGAAGGGCAGCUAUAAUGGAAUCAGGCAGAACCCCAUUGCAUGAAGAUGGAAGGAUCAAUUUUCGCACAAGUAGAAAGGCUUUAAAGGGUGAGGAUCUGUAUGUAAAAACCUUCAAAGUUUUCUUUUUUUUUAAUUUGAUAAUGUCACAGACAAAUAGUGCUGGAACCAGAUGUUGAUUGUUGGAGUAUUGCACGGUGUUGACUCUGCUUAUUGAGUUACUGCAAUUCCUGAUCUUGAAUAUAUAUAUAUAUAUUAUUUACCCUCUUUUCCAUUGCUCCAGCUCCUGCUCUUCUUCUUUUCCCAUUUUUUUAUUGUUCUAUGAUUUUAGACUUAACUAGAGGAUUUUUUUUUUUACUGUUAAAUCAAAGAUCAAUCCUCCCAUGUCUCUAAAAGUGUACUCUUUUUUUUCUCAAAACGAUUUCACAGUUUGAUCUUUUUGCAAUUCUUAUAAGAUGAUCUGUCAAAAUAAGCCAAUUAGUAAAAAUUACUGGCAAAAAAGUUGAAAUGUUAGUUAGUAGUGCUUGACUGAAUUUCUACAGAAGCAUCCUAAGCUCACGCUCUCCUGCUCAGGGACACACUGUUCAUUCAGUCUGACAACAACAAUGAACAGCUGAAUGGUGAACACCCCCGCAGCACCUCGGCACACUCCAGAUAUUCUCUCAGUGGAAGAUAUAGCAUGUAAAGAUGAGCGGCAGAAACCUUCACUCUCUGCACAGUUACUCAUAAUUGGUCCCUUCUUGCCUCAGACAUUCAUGCAGCUCUGUUGCUAAGACUGUUGCUAGGGCAUGGCUCUGGCUGCUCUGCCCUGCUUGGUGCUGAUAAUCUAAUUGUACCGUGCCAGUGUACUUGGCCUGCUGUGCUUUGCCACAGCAUGAUUGUAGUAUGGAUGUCUGAAUAUGAAAGUGAAAUUGCAGGAAUGUGGUGCAGACAAGCUGGUCUCUAUUUGAGUCAGGUUAAAAGAGAUGGAGUUUGAUUCCCAUGAGUCUCAGCUCUAUUUUUGCUAUUCUCUUUGGGCCAUGAGGGUUAGAGAAAAGAGAUUUUGCAGUUCUUUUGUCUUAGUUGGGAUGCAUAGCUGUGCAUCAAUACUGUAGAUUUUAUCAAUUUGUUUGGAAGAUUGCUUCGGGGUAGGUGAGAUGAACAGUAUGAGAAGAGAGAAGAGGAAGGAAGGGGUAGAUAGGUUCAGAUUCGCUGAUGUGGAAACAGAACAGAGACCUUUUGGUCAAUUACAUCAUCUACAAUGCCAAAAAAAGGGGGAGAACACGUAUGUGCUUAUGCAACAAACCGCCUCUGGCAGUGACCCGGUGAGGAAAUCCACAGACGAGGAAGGAAUGAAGAGAUUGUAUAAAGUUUAUUCAAGCGGGAGAAAAAUUCUGCAUUAUUUAGCGUUGAAGCAUCAAUAAAAUAUGUUACUUCCUUGUUCAAAUGUGCAUGCACCAAACAAAAGUUUGGUUUGUGUUAGAUAAGAGUUUGUAUCCACUGUGGUCUCUACUUUGUAACCAUUUUUAUUUCAAAGAGGGGGUAUAAAAUUGCUCAAUCAUCUAUUAUAUCUCUAUGAUAGAGGCUCUUUUGGCUGCAGACCAAAAUUUCUGGCACAGACGGCUGAUAAGGAGAGCCAGUGAAGUUUGGCAGAGCAGAGUUAUGCACUGAAGUGGGACACCUUUCAUCUUUUACUGCACUCCAUCUGAUUAUCUUAAUCCAAAAGCUUUGAUGAAAGAAAAAAAAGAAUGAUUUUACUUCUUUGUCGCUCUGUCUGUAUAGACUCUGAUAUCUCUACCCAAUUGAAAACACAAGCAGACGACUUAAUUAACUUAUUUGAAAAGUAUUUGUCUCAUGAAUGUGCUUGUGUCUUUUUUUUUUUUUUUUUCACUCCUUUCAGCCACUAAAGCAACAUGAGUAUGCAGCAAUGUGGGUCUGUUUUUGGGCAGAUACUGUGGUAUCAAACUCUGUACAGAAAUUGAAAAUAGCUUUAUAUUUAUAUUCUUGUGAAGUUAACUGUUACAUUAUUAUCAGCCUCAGACGUACUCGCUUGUUGGCAGAUAUAAGGGUACUAACACAGAAAAAUUAAAAUGUUAUCCAGUAAUCUGCUGAAUCUGAGUGAUCUACUGUUAAUAUCAAGUCGUUUUCUGAUUAAAGAAGGUACUUGGCUGUUUAUUUUCAGCGAUGACGUGAGGAAUUGGCUGGCUCUGGGCUUGUUCUGCCAUCUGUACCAGGCAAAAUGUGUGUGUGUGUGUGUGUGUGUGUGUGUGUGUGUGUGUGUGUGUGUGUGUGUGUGUGUGUGUGUGUGUGUCUGUGUGGUGGGUUGGGUUUAGUGGCGUAACAGAGUUCAGACAGAGGGCCCUUGUUGGUGAGCGGUUUGAGCGCCACGUCAGGAUGCUGCCACAUACUCAGUCCACAGAAAAUGACUGACCUGAUUCCUCUCCUCUUCUCUGCUCCUCAGGAGAAAAGCAGUACGUGAAGCACAAUGGGACCAUUCCAGGAAUAUGAGGUGAGUCUUAUCGUUAUACCACUAAUGGGUUUCUGCAUGUUUCUGAAUGAGCUUACAUGCUCAUAAAAAUAUCCUAGAAAAGAAGUGACAGUGGGUUAAUGUGAGUUGCUAUAUUAAUGCACAGUACUGAUACAUCCUCCUUCCUACAGGAAAAGAAAUCACCAGAAAAAGGAAGCCCCCGCAGUCGCAUCCCACGUUUGGUCCUCCAUCCCUUCAGGCCAAAGGACAAAGGCUCUCCUCUGUCUGAUUCACCUUUUUCAGAGGAGGAGGGUAAGGAGUGUGACAUGAGCUCAGACCACUCCAAGAGGACCAUCAGCACCAACAGCUUUUGCUCUGGUAAGAAGUUCAGCGUCAGUGUGAGGAAAGCUAAAUUCAAAAGUCUUAAAAUCACCUUUUACAUGGUGUCUGGUGUUGGAUUGUGAAGUCAGACUUGUUUGUUGCUGGUUAAAUGUAAAAUCCCGACUGAAUGUGUGAUAACAACAGUGGUGGCAGGAAUAUUCCGAUCCCUCAGUCAAGGUUCACUGGAAAAAAGAUUCAACAUUUUAAGAAAAAUCUGAUCAUCUUAGUUAAGAAAAGUGCAUAUGUACUGCAAGCCAAAUGUUAGGAUGCAUAAAAAUGUGCACUUUUAUUGCCUUUUAAUUGCCAUCAUAUUUGUUGUUUUAGCUGUUUUUAUGACACAGAGUUACAAAAAUAAAUCACACAUAAAGAAAUCCAACUUUAUUUAGAUUGUUAGGUAACCCCCCCCCCCCAAAAAACAAAACAAAAACAAAAACAAAAAAACCCCAACUUUUAAGAAGAAAUAAAAAUGUAAACAAAUUGAGGAUUUACUGCUUGAGUAACAGAGAAAAUGUUUCCCUAUUCAGUAAAAUUAGUUAAUCAUUAUAUUAUCUCUCCUGAACUGCCAUUUGUUGCCUCAUAUUUAAUAACAGACUCUUGGUAAGAUAAAUAUUUCUGCUCUGUUGAUGUUAUAAUACACAUCGAUGCAGUAGCUCAAGCACUCAGAUACUAUUUGUUGGUCAAAUUUAUAACUUCUCUCUCUCUCAAAGAGAACAAGUGUAAAGUAGCAGGACAUGGAGACAUGAAAGUAUGUUAAGAGGACUUCAUGUGCUACAUAACAUAAUAGAUAAUGAAACCUUAAUCUAAAAUGUAGGCCUGUUUAUUUAAUGUUCACCCUACUUGACAAGCAGAGCAAAUGAAAUACAAAUACACACAGCAAAGCACAGUCAGCAAGUGUGUGUGUUUGUGUAAACAAUGUGAAAGUGAGAAGUUAUUAUGGAAGCCAUCGUACUAUCAGACAGAUAACAUCUGGGCUGAACCUUGAGCUCUGACUGCCUGCCUGUGUUCCCUGCCUGCCCCACGCUGUCUGUUUUGGCUAUUACUGUCUGUGUGCCUGUCUACAAUAGAUGACACCGGCUGCCCCACUAGUCAGUCUGUGUCCCCCUCCAAAACCCCGUCAGGCUCAGAGCAGAGUGACCGCGGCUCGCCCAAACUCCCCGAGCGCAAGACCAAAGUGAAGCGGGUGAGAGUGAUGGCCGAGUGGAGCGGAGAACCACGGAGCACGCAGAGGCACAAGAGGGAGCUGAGGUCGGCAAUGAAAGCUAGAGGUAAGAAAAAAUAUGGAGAUAACAGUCAGCAGAUGAAUAAAAAAAUGUUUUCACCUGUUUUUAAAAAAGCUUAAUGAAGAGUAGCCUGUUAUACUGAUGCUGCAACAAAAUGAUCAAAUCAUACAGCCUUUUGAGUGAAAUACUCAAAUUUGUGUGCCUUAUUUCUACAUUAACACACUUGUAUACAGCACACAGCACAAAUGCUUCUGCAUGCCAGUAAAUCUCCAAAGACCAAAGUACAAUAGCUGUGUAUGUCACAUGUCAGCAUGUAGCAGAUUCCUAUGGUAUGUUAACUUCAACAAACAACAGCAGGGAGCAGCUGCUCUCCUUAAAGCAGAAUAAUAAGAGGAGGUCAUGGAGCUUUCCUGCUGAGAGUUUGAAGAUCAAUGCCAAUCUAAUAUCUAAAAGCUUUAGCCGGAUGCCAGCCACCUUAGAAUAACAAUACAAGCAGCCCUCAUCCUGGAAAACAAUGUCCUCUUUUUUCAGUCAGGAGAAGUGAAAGAAACAGUCUGAUCUUUGUCAAAAUGAGGAAGAAAGCUGAUUGGAGGAGGAAAAUAGUCCCAGGAGCUUAGCUAAUUAGACUGAUUAGCAGGAGGUUACUACACUGGUUGCAUGCACACAGACCCUCAUCUGACUCACAGAGAGGUGAAGGCUCACUUAGUUUUAAAGUAUUUAUUUCUCUUAGACAUCACUGGACACAGUAUGGUUUUGUUUAAUGGACAGAGAAGCUACUCAGGUAUGAUCUCUGAGUAAAUAUUUUCUCAAAUAGUAGAGUUAGCUUUCCUCUGCUUAGGUUGAAACUGUCUGAAUUGACGUGCUAGCUUACUCAAGUCUGUUAAGUAGCCUCUCUAGUGAGUGGAUAGCACAUAAUAGCUGGGUUUUAUCAGCAUGGAGUGUUAAUGGCAUUUGGGAUCACAUAAAGUGGUUUAGCUUCAAACUCACAUUAGCCUAACACUGCCCUAAUAUUAUGGAGAGCAGUAUGAGAGAAAGCUGUGUGAGAGUGUCUGCUAAAGGCCACACUUAUCUGAUGAUCAGACAAAAACAGAAGCAUAGUCCUGCUCUAUUUUAUUUUACUUAUUCUAAAAACCCUGCAUAUUAUAUGGUGCUUUAUUUAGAAGGAACUUGUAAAGCAGAGAGAAUGAAAAUCUAAGUGCUAGCCAAAAUGUUUGUGUUGUAGCUAAAUUUGACGUCGAGUGAAGGGGUCCAGAUAAUGGAAAAACUAGCAUGUUUCUCUGUGAGGUUUAAUCCUUUUAUUUUGUUGUUACUCUCAGUGUUUUGUAUCUGAUGAGUUCAUCUUCACAUUUCAAAGUAAGUUUCUGUUGCAUGGUUUUUUAAGAGCCACAUGGUGCUGCUUUGUUUGCUGUAAUUCCAACACAGAGCUAGCUCUCCCUGCAGGUAGUGAGGCAGACUUCAGCUCCUCCAGCAGCACAGGCAGCCUGAAGACCAAGGAAAGCCUCAGCUUUGGUUCAGCUGGAAAGAAAACCCCAUCUCGCAGGUAUGAGGUUCAUCAUGAUUGUAUCCCCUGUACUUUGAAAGCAGUACUAGCUUAAGUAGAACUGUAUGGACUGUUCAUGUGUUUUGAUUUAACCUUUAUGUUUUAUUUUGAGAAAUUAAUGUAAUUGUCUUUCCCUUUCUUUAAUCCAGUCGUGGUGCCCAUAUCAGACCGCUCCCAGUGUUCAAACCAGCCGGGACCUCAACAGCAAACCACGAUGCAGAGCUCUAUGCUCCCUACAGGACCCCUCCCAGAGCUGCCUCCUCCACCAACAGUAGCAGUAGCUGCAACUCAAGCCCCACAUCCAGGUACAAAACAUGACUAUAUGGCAAUGAAUAAUUCAAAUCCAACCAAGUACAGACUGUGGUUAUAAAGAUGAAGGAGUGAACACAGUGAUCUCUUGUGGAUUCAUUACAAAUCCAACCUUCAGCGAAGGAAACAAGUAGAUUGGGAUUGUGGUUCAGGCAAUAUGUAGCAUAAUGAUGAGUAAGUGGAUGGUCUGGAUUAAGCUCAGACUGCUUUAUCAUUUCCUCUCUGUCAGUAGUCUGGGAUUAUACCGGUCAUGAUUUGGCUGUGGUUGGGAUUAAUGAGGAUUUUUGGGGAAAAAAGCCAAUGUCUGACUAUGUUGCCCAGACAGUGACCCUCCCAGAUGAAGCCAAAAUGUAACUGGAUUAGAGUGAAUUCACCUUGGGUUUGUAGAGCAGUGUCAUCAAAAGUUCAGCUUUACAAAACUGGUGUCUGAAUUUUAAUAACUUUUAAAUUAAGAUGUGUUUGGGGGAACCUGUGAAUUUUUGACAUGGUGCUCCUCAGUAGAUGAUGAUGAUGAUAAAAAUGAUGAUGAUGAAAAUAUUGAUAAAUAUGAUGAUAAAAAUGAUAGAGAUGAUGAUAAAAAUGAUGAAAUAAUGACAAUAAUAAAAAUAAUUAUUUUAUUUGUACAUAACUGAAGGCCAUUUUCAAAUGUCAUAAGGAACCCAGACAAUACAAGAACCAUGCAACAUUAAGUGAGACCAUGUGGACCAAAAAUAAAAAGAUAAAAUCGGUAGGGAAAAACAAAGGACAAGGGGGGCUGAAAGCAGAAAACAGGAUAACAAAUAUGAAAAGACAAUGUUAAUAAUUAAAAUAAAAUAAUAAAAUGAUAAUAAUUGUAACAAUAAAAUAGAAUAACCGAAAUGAGCAAGAGAGAGAGAACAAUAAAAAGCCUAAAAGCUUAAUAAAGUGAGGUUUAAAAGUGUAACAAAAGCUUAAAAGACAGUAAAGCCAAAAUAAGAGAGGUAAAAGAGAUAAAAGGUAAGGAUGAAAGACUUGAGAGGUUCACUGCUGGCUUUACAUUCUUAUUUACUUUAGGCCUGCAGAGAUUUUACCAAAAAUUCUUACCUCUGCAGCAUGGAUAAAUACCAUGCAAUCCUGAGUAUUUUGCAGCAGCUACAUCUGAAUUGCUUUCUCCCAAAAUUCCACUCUUGUCACUUUAAGACAUUUCCUCUGCAUAGCCAAGUGCUAUGUGACUUUUUUUUUUUCUCUCUCACAUGCUUCUGGGCUGUUUCUAUUUCUGGCUGUGAUGCAGAGUGCUUGCAUCAAAGCUUCAAGUGUCCCAGGUUGCUAGGAUAUAGUGCUGCUUUGCAUAUUAUCCAAAUCCACCCACUCAUUCUCUGUAUGGGAAAAACAAUAACUCCUUCUAUCAGUUCCCUUUGACCAUGAUAAAACACUUAUCACAGAACGUGCAGAGGUCAUUUAAAUGCUAAUACUGUCAGCUUCCAGAUUGAGGGUUUACACGAUUUUGCCUGCAGACUCUGCCUGUCUUCAGAAACCAGCAUUUUCAGGGUUUUUUCCUCUUUAGUCAACAUGCCAGUAAUCCUGUGUCAGACAGUAAUUCCAGGCUUCAGAGAGCAUCUGCCGUAACAGCACUCUCUCACACAGACAAAUUGCUAUCUACAAGGAGCCAUUUUACUCUAAAAGGUUAACCUUGUUUAUUCUCUACUGUUUUAAAAAAUUGUAGCUGAGAAUAAAUAAAUGAUAUUUGAUUUAUAGACAGGAGGUAAAGGCUUCAGGACUGAAAUUGGCCUUUAACCAAUUUUCUUGUCUCUGUGGCCAGCAGAAGAGCAAACCUGGGUCGAUACCACUCCUGCGGAGACAACCAUGGCAUCAGACCCCCAAACCCAGAGCAGUAUCUCACCCCUCUGCAGCAGAAAGAGGUGGCCAUUAGACACCUGAAGACCAAACUGUUGGAGUCUGAAAACAGAGUUCAUGACAGGUUGGUAGCAAAGUUGCACCCAAGAUUUUAUCUGCAGCUUUUUGUGGUUUGAUGGCAGGAUGAAUGUAACGGGGGGGGGGGGGGGGGGGAGUGAAAUCAUACUGUGACAUAAUGCCCACUGCAACUCCGCUCAACCGUUAACAAUAUCUUCUGCAGGGUGAAACCACUGGAAAAUGACUGUUACGUAAGAUGAAAAAACAGCCUGAUGCCAGUCACAUCUAACAACAGCGUACAAAAAGAACAUUACUCAUGAGAAAUGUAUUUGUCUGACUUAUAAACAUUGAACAUCAAUACAUGUGACUGAGUGUGUGGGACACCGUAUUAGUGAAAAAAUUAUAUUUGGAGAUGAAAGUCUUCAUAUUAUGUAUAUGCAAAUCAUAAGGUCAGAUGCCUAUUUUCAUAAGAUAAAUAAAUGCUAACAUUUGCUAUUUUCAGGAAGUCAACCAGUAGCCUAUAUGCUACUAAUAAUGUAAAGGGGGAAAGGGUUGACCGACUUUACAACUUUUAUUUUUGCAAAUUGUGACUUUAAUCUUGUACUUUGACUUAAUUUUCCCAGGAAUCUAUUGCCAAAAAAAUUACAACUUCAUUCACGUAACUGUGACUAUCCUUAUUACGAUAAGUCUUUCUCAUCGCAGUAUUAUGACUUGAAUUGUCAGAGUGUUUCAUAACAUGAUAGAAUUAUUCAUGUUUUUGUCUAGGGGUAGAUGAGAACAUUGAUACUAUUCAGUCUGUGAAACGAUGUUAAAGCAAUUUCACCUUUCAGCUUAGCAUUUGAACAAGUGGAUGUGGAGCUGCUCGUCUGGCUCUGACCAAAUAAAACAAAAUCCUUGCCAACAUGUUUAAAUCUUGCCAAACAAAGUGACCGGUCUUGAAUUGACUUCCUGUGAUUUAGUAGUCAGAACCAAAAGCUGACAUGGCCUGCCGGAAGAAAACAUAAGGCAUUAGAUGGCUCCAUUGAAUAAAUGAUAAUCUUCUUAUGAUAUUCUUACUCUGUCUGAAGAUGAAGGGUUUCAGUCUUUACCUGCUCAUUAUUUUAACAUGGUGUGCUAACUGGCAGCUGGCUGUUGUUUCAUAUUUUGCUAACAGAGUCUGGUUGGUCUUUUUAUAAUAAAUUUUUACCAAAAUGUCAAGAUUUUCAAGUAAUUUGGCUUUUUCCUUCCUCUUUAUCAGAGACACAGAGAUUGAGGAGCUUAAGUCACAGCUUGGCAGAAUGAGGGAAGACUGGAUUGAAGAGGAGUGUCACAGAGUGGAGGCUCAGCUGUCCCUCAAAGAGGCUCGCAAAGAGAUCAAACAGCUGCGUCAGGUGGUGGAAACGAUGAAGAGCAGCCUGAUGGAGAAAGACAAAGGUAUCCAGAAGUACUUUAUUGACAUCAACAUCCAAAACAGGAAGUUAGAGUCGCUGCUGCAGAGCAUGGAGCUUGCUCAAAGUGGGACCAACAAUCAGGAUGAAAAUACCCUGGAUUUCAUGUGUGACAGCCCUGACAGUGGAGGGAAGAAGAUGGAGGAGGAGAUGGUUGGGCUGGAGCUUGGAGAACAAGGAGCUGAGGCCAUGGCAGACAGCGGGCUGUUGGUCAACGAUGAGAUGGCCAACAGAGAGGACAUUUUGGAGCAGGUCCUUAUGUCUACUGCAGUGGACUUCAGUCAGGACUCCAGUGCUAAACUGAUGUCAGGGACAGAGUCUGGGCCUGGAGUGUCUGCUAUUUCAGAAGAGGAACAGUUAAUUGAUGAACCUGCUGCACCCCCACCAGCUCUACCAAAUACAGUUUCCACAACCGUCACCUUAGACACACCUUCACUGCAGAAAACCGAAGAUAGAGGAAUCCAGACAGACAUGAUGCCCAUAUCUUCAGACCUGCAGGCUCUGCUCCUCCAGCUGCUGAAGUUCCAUGGUACAACAACUGGAAAUACUGCACUGUCAGCCUCCAGCAGCUUUCUGGGCACCCCGAAUCUGGCUUCUUCCACUUCCACUACUGCCAAUCUCCUUGAACCCAAGCCUCCCAGCAUGCCAACCCCUGCCCCCCCAGAGAGCCCCGACACUUCCAGCGACUCCGGCAUGUGCUGCUCUGAAUCUGCAGAGUGCCAUCGGUUCAUGGAGGAGCUGGACUUUGUUGUGCGUGAGGAGGAGCCUCCUCUGUCACCGGGGCUGGGUGUGGUUGGAAAGCGUUACUGGAGCAACAGCUUCCUGGUGGAUCUGGUGGCAGUGGCCGCUCCUGUGCUGCCCACAGUGGCCUGGUUGUACUCGCGGCACGGGGUGGACGGAAGCGCUCCGGUGUACAACAUUGCCGCUCUUAUCAGGGGCUGCUGCAUCAUGGGAUUGCACUCGCUUCGUCAAGUCCCUCACAGGCCAGAUGUGUAA